AUGGGCACCAAUUGGAAGAAGAAGCUAGAACUGGGUUCCCUCCUAGCAUUGACUACUAGUCUGGCGGACUGUGCCAAUUGGGCGUCCUACCAAUCUCGGCCAGACAUUCGCGCCCCAAUCCUCGAGAUCAGCUUGAAAAAUGACAGCCUCAUUAGCCCAGGGUAUAUCUUCAUUGCCCCAUACUUUGGCGACGUACCGGGGCCGUACAUCUACGACACCAAUGCUAAUCUGAUCUGGAGCGGCGCCGACGGCUCCACCACCGACAUCUUCCAAGACCUGCACGCCUGCGCCUACAACGGAUCCGACCACCUGUGCUACUUCCAAGGCACGCAGAUCGGCGGCUACGCGCGCGGACAGCAUGAGAUCCUGGACAGCAGCUACCGCCCGGCGGCCACGGUGCGCAGCGGCAACGGGCUCGAGAUGAGCGACAUGCACGAAUCCGCCGUCAUCAACGGCACGAGCAUGCUCAUCCCCAUCUACCAGCCGCGCACGACGAACCUAACAGCCUACAACGUCCCCGCCAACCCCGGGUGGGUGAUCGACGGGGUCUUCCAAGAGAUCGAGAUCGCCACCGGCGCCGUGGUCUUCCAGUGGAGCAGCCUGGACCAGGGCAUCACCCCGGCCGAAUCCUACACGCCUCCCGGCCUGAACCCGGUCGUAGGCAACGGCACCAGCAACGCGACCGCCUGGGACUACUUCCACAUCAACUCGAUCGACAAGAACGCCGCAGGCGACUACCUCAUCUCCGCGCGGCACACCAGCGGGAUCUACAAGCUCUCCGGCGCCACGGGCGCAGUGCUGUGGCGCCUCGGCGGCAAGCAGUCGACGUUCACGCAGACGAACUACAACUUCUCGUCGCAGCACGACGCGCGCUUCCUGGCCGAGAACGCGACCACCACCGUGCUGUCGCUCUUCGACAACGGCAGCGACAACUACCGCAACACCUCCGCCACCUCGGCGGGGAUGGUCGUCGCCCUCGACCACACCACCAACGCCUCCACCCUGCUGCGGCGCUACGACGCCCCGGCCCCCGGCAUCCGGGCCUGGAGCCAGGGCAGCUGCCAGAUCUUGUCGUCGGGGAAUGCCUUCGUCGGGUGGGGCAGCACCCCGGCCUUCUCGGAGCAUCUCGCGGACGGCACCCCCGUGUUCUUUGCCGCGGUGGCCGACGAGCAUUCCAUGAAUUACCGUGCGUAUAAGGCGGAUUGGUCGGCCGUGCCCAGCGAGCCCCCCGCGCUGAGGGUGUAUAGUCCUGCGGCUGGGGCUGGGGCGGGGCCGACGACCUUCUGGAUGAGUUGGAAUGGGGCGACGGGGGUGGAUCAUUGGAAUAUCUAUGCGUCGGCGGCGGGGGCGCCGGAGCAGGUGGUGCGGUUGGGCACGGCGGGGAGUGGCGGGUUUCAGACGGCGUUUACGAGUUCGGCGUACCAUCCCAAGGCGUUUGUGGAAGCGGUGGGGGGGGAUGGGACCAGUUUGGCGAAUUCGUCGACGGUGGAUGUCUCUUCGACGUUGCCGGGUUGA